AUGGUUUACACUAUCGUCGUCCGUGAGUUCAUCACCUCCCUACUUAUCCCUUCCACAAAUCUUAACCUCCUUCGAAAUGCAGACCUGCGCGCCAAACCCGACCAGGAAAGCAUUUCCAAACUCCACGCCAAACUCCUCGAAGCCUCCGCCGUCUACUCCAAGGACAAAGAGACUCUCUCGUGGUUCGUCAUGCAGUCUGUGCACGACAAGCAGGAUUUUACCAUUGUGGAGCGCUACCUGCAUGAAUCAUCUCAGGAGUACCACUUGAAUAACCCUUACUGGAAGACGUUUGACCCGUAUGUCAUUCCGUUGUUGGAGAAGGAGAUGGAUCUGAGACGGUUUGAGGAGUUGCAGUAG